AUGGAAAGAACAGGCUUAGAUUUUCAGAACUUGGAUGAGAAUAUGAUUAAAUCGGAAGCUAAAACAGAAACUUGGCAUUGCCUUCCUCAAGAAAUGGACAAUUCUCAAACCUUGGGUACAUCCAAGGCCAAGUUUAAUGUGAAAGAGGAAGGGGCCGCAGUGACAGACCUCCCCUCCCUGGAGGAAGGCAUAUUGACCCAAUCAGAAAAUCGAGUGAAGGAUCACAGACAAACUUUCCUAUGUUCUCCAUUGCUAGUCAUUCAAGACAACUUUGCUUCUCCUGAUUUACCUUUGCUGACUUGCCCGAGCCAAGAUAAAGAGUUUGGAUCCAAUUCUCUAUUUCAGCAAAGUGAACUAGAGUUUGUACCUCUGAGGGGAGUUCCUGAUCGCUCUGAAGACACUGAAUGGUUUUCGCGACCGUCGGAAGUUAAUGAGGCUUUAUUACAAGCAACCUCAGAAGUAGCUUCAGAUCGAGUUAACAGUUGCUUCAGUUUAUCUCAGUACCCGCUUACGGGGAGCACUGCUGGGGAGUCUCAGCACUCUUUUUUAUUUCCUGAAGAAGAGCUUCAUGAAGAGGCCGUAGCUGGUGAACGGAAAACCCCGAAAGACUCUGAUAGUUACGAUGCACCUUGUUCAUAUAUGUCAUUGAAGACACAAGAUGUUGCACAGCAGUCAGAAACCAAGGCAGCUGGGAAAGAUCUGAUUUCUUCUCCAAGUUUUUCUGAUCUAAGUGAUGAAAGCGCAACUCUCAAAGGAAGCGAUAGUUUCGGUGCUUGUUCGUAUAUGCAGUGUUGGGAACAGGAAGCUUUGCAGCAGUCUGAAACAUGCGUAAACAGGAAGGACCAUGACUCCUUUUCAGAUUUAUCUGACACAGUGGAUGAAAACGAAACUCCCAAGGGAAAUGACAUGUCUGGUGACCCUCAUUCAAGUAGAACCUGGUGGACACAGGGAGCCUCACCCCAGCCAAAAGCAAGUCCAGUCAGUACAGAGCCAGCGUCCUCUCCACGUGAAGUCACUUUCCAUUUUAACAAUCAAACGCCGAAUUCCAUCUUGUAUUUGUGGGAAAGAAGCGAAGAGGUUCCCUUGACAUCUGAUAACCAUUAUUUUGAGAGUACUUAUUUAAGGAUUCCGACUGAAAAGGAGGUGAAACCGAAAACGGGUUCUUUGGAGAGUAAUGAAAGAAGUGCAGGGCCGGGGGAAGAACGAGUUGUGAGCGAUGACCAAAUACCUUCAGCGGUGCAUCUGCGACUCUUAGAAAUGCAGCAGGCUGCGCAUCUCAUACUUCCUGGUGACGUCUUCCGAGUUUCCGAAGCGUACGUCCUCUCCAAGAGUCAUGGAACCUCCACAAUGGAGGUUCCUGGGGGCCCUCUUCAGACUGUUCCACCCAACCUGGGUGAGGCACGAGAGCAACUGUAUUUCCAAAAGGACAGUAACCAGAAGGAAACGUCCAUUUCUGGUGGGAAAAACCUUGCUGCGAUGGAAGGCGUAGCCUUUGAGGCAGUUAUUGCCUCUAUCGAGCCUUCCCAGACGGGGAGUGCAGCCGAUGAGAUCCAAACUGACAACACAAAGUCUGUGACAAAUGACAGUCCAGAAAAGGCAGCAGAAGAUCCAUCUUUUUCCUUAACAAGUUAUAAGGAUGAAAAAUCUUUACUUGGCCAGCUUAGUCAUCCACGCUAUCAGUCUACCCCCGGGGUGUUUGAACCAACAGCCCCCAAACCAUCGUUGCCUAAAGAGGACGACGAUAGUUCCUUGUACUGGCAUCCCGGUUUGAAACCACAACCUAAUACUUUUCAGGAAAUGCUCACUGCAGAGCCCACAUCAUCUCCUUUAAGUGAAACAUCUCAUAGGCAGUCUGUUGGUCCUGACAGAACACAGCCAGUUUUAAUCCAGGGUGACACCAGACACGAACCAUUUCUUCCCCUUGGGAAGAUAAAGUCUGUGUCCGCUUUUGACCUCGCCGAGAUGAUAGACUCUUCAGACAUUCAUCCAGUGAACGUAUCCUCUUCAGAGACUUUGCUUUUACAGGGAUUAAAGCCCUUAACCCCUGAAGAAGUUGCACCUUCACCAUUGGAGCACCCACUGGGGAAGGCCACGUCUGACAUCAUUACUCUGGAUGUUGAUACUGACUACCGUAUCCUAGAGGAACAUGCAAUUGUGGGCAAGGAAAAAGCUGCUGAACUACUAAGAGAGGUAGACCACUCUAAUCUGAGUGCUGAUCGGUCUUUUUCAUCUACAUUGUCUUCGUUUGGUUCUCAUGAGACACCCAGAGAGUCAGAAUAUCACUCGUCAGAUCUCAGAAUGUUGCGAGUAUCUCCGGAGAGUGCAUCAAAGACUCUCAGACUGUCAGCAGGAAGUCAUUCUGAAGGAGGCACGGCUGAACUUACUCAAACCAACUUAAAAACAGACCUUACUAUCAUUUCUGGAGAUUCAGACAUUAGCUCUAAUUCUUCCUUUCACACUGAGGUUCUGCUUCAGUUGUCUAUAAGGAGCCCUCAGCCCCUCAAGACAGUUGGUGAACAUACUGAUAGUUUACACCAACAGACUUUGCCAGGUAGUCUUCUGAGUGAACCAACUCAGAGCAUUUCAACUGGACCUGCAUUGGCCAACCAGAAGAAUAGGAUACCAACAGCACCCUCUGGUUCUCACUCAUCUAGAGAAACACCUAGUAUUUUGUAUCAGCAAGAGUUGUCAGAUAGUCACCUCACUGAAGAAACGCUGCAAGUUUUAGCUGCUCACAGAACAGCUAGCCAGAAUGCUGAUAUAACAAGAAUAACCACUAGUUCCUACUCACAUAGAGAGAAGCUCAGUACAAUCUACACACAGGCCAUGCCAGAUAAUGGUCUGUCUGAAGAAGCUCUCUUACUUUUAGCUGCUCCUGGACCAGCUUCGCAGAAGACUGGGAUACAACCAGUACCCUCUGAUUCCUACUCACAGAGAGAGAAGCCGGAUACUCAAUUCCAGCAGGAUAGUCAUUUUCCUGAAGAGGCUCUGAAAAGCUCCAUUCUUGGACCUGCUGACCAGAAGAUGGCGAUACCAGCAGUACUGUCUCAUCACUACUCCCAGAGAGAGAAACCUGGUACUCACUACCAACAGGUCUUACCAGAUAGUCAUCUAACUGAAGAGGCUCUGAAAAGUGUUCCUGAACCAUAUGACCUGGACACUGGGGUGCCAGCAAUGCCCUCUAGUACUUACUACUCUCAUAGAGAGAGAUCCAGUAUUUUCUAUCAACAGUCGAUGGUACCAGAUGGUCAUUUAACUAGAGAGACUCUCAAGGGUUCAGCUGUUCCUGAACAACCUAAUCAGAACACUGGGAUACCGAUAGUGCCUACUAGUUAUUACUCACAGAGAGAGAAGCCCAGUAUUUCCUCUCAGCAAGUAUUACCAGAUAGACAUCUAAUUGAACAGGCUCUGAAAGGUUUAGUUGGUCCUGGACGAACUGACCAGAAGCCUGGGAUCCCAACACCAUCAUCUGGUUUCCACUCACAGCCUGGUGCAGGCUACCAACCAGUGUUACUAGAUGGUUAUCAAACUGAGCAGACGCUGAGUUCCUUUGUUCCAGGUGUACCAGCUGCACAGGAGCUUGAGAUACCCACAGUAUCUUCUGGUCCUUACACACACACACAGAAGCCUGGUGGGUUCUACCAACAGAUGCUGUCAGUUAGUCAUUUAAUUGAAGAGACUGUAAAAGGCUUCGCUGUUUCUGAACAACCUGACCAGAAAUCUGGGGUACCAACAUUGCCACCUUCUUCCCAUUCACAGCGAGAGCUUUUACCAAAUAAUCAAUACACUGACCAGGCUCUCGGGAGUUCAUUUGUUCCUGACGUACCAGCUGAACAGAAGACUGGCAUACCAACAAUGUCUGCUAAUUCCUACCUACUGAGAGAGAGGCCUAGUAUUUUAUACCAAAAAUCAUUUCCAGAUAAUUCCCAAACUGAACAGGUUCUGAGAAUUUUAUCUGCUUCUGAUGUACCGGCUGACCAGAAGGAUGAGAUAGCACCACUGUUCACUAGUUCUUACCCACAGAGAGAGAGGCCUGGUGUUUUCUACCAACAGACACUGUUAGAUAGCUAUCCAGCUGAACAGGCUUUGAGAAGUUCACCUCUUCCUGCCAUACUAGCUGACCAGAAUAAGGUGGAGGGGACUAGUGUUUCCUACCCACAGACAUUGCCAGGUCAUUAUCAAAGUGAACAUGUUCUGAAAGGAUCAACUAUUCCCGAACACCCUGGCCAGAUGUCUGGGGUACAAACAGUGCCUUCUAGUUCACUUUCUUAUAAAGAGAAGCCUCGUAUUUUCUUCCAGCAAGUGUUGCCAGAUAGCCAUCUUACUGCACAGGCUUUACAAAGUUUACCUGUUCCUGAUGUACCAGCUGACCAGAAUAAGGCUGGGGUACCAACAGUGUCUGCCAGUUCCUACCCCCAGAGAGGGGGACCUGAUGUUUUCUAUUCACAAACACUGUUAGAUGGUCAUCCGGCUGAGCAGGCUUUGAGAGGUUCACCUGUUCCUGACAUACCAACAGUGUCCUCUAGUUCCUACCCACAGAGAGAGGGACCUGGCGUUUUCUACCAGCAGUUGUUACCAGAUAGUCAUCGAGCUGCAGAGGCUUCUCGAAGUUCUCCUGUUCCGGACAUCCCAGCUGACCAGAAGAACGUGGGGAUACCAACAGUGUCCGCAAGUUCCUACCCACAGAGAGAGAGGCCUGGUGUUUUCCCUCAGCAGCUGUUACCAGAUAGCCAUCUAACUGAAGAGGGUCUGAAGGAUUUGGGUGUUCCUGGACAACCUCACCAGAGGUCUGGGGUACCAACAGCACCCUCUAAUUUCCACUCACAGAGAGAAAAGCCCAAUCUUUUCCACCAACAAGCCUUCUCAGAUAGUUAUCAAGCAGAAGAGAUUCUGAGAAUGUUAUCUAUUCCUGAUGUGCUAGCUCAACAGAAUAAGACCGGGAUACCAACAGUGGCCACUAGUUCUUACCCACAGAGAGAGAGGUCUGGUGUUUUCUACCAACAGUUGUUACCAGAUAGUCAUCCAGCUGAACAGGCUUUGAGAAGUUCACCUCUUCCUGACAUAUCGGCUGACCAGAAGAACGUGGGGAUACCAACCGUGUCCACUAGUUCUUACCCACAGAGAGAGAGGCCUGGUGUUUCCCACCAACAGACACGGUCAGAUAGUCAUCCAGCUGAACAGGCUUUGAGAAGUUCACCUCUUCCUGACAUAAUGGCUGACCAGAAGAACGUGGGGAUACCAACAGUGUCCACAAGUUCUUACCCACAGAGAGAGAGGCCUGGUGUUUCCUACCAACAGACAUUGUCAGAUAGUCAUCAGGCUGAACAGGCUUUGCGAAGUUCACUUGUUCCUGAUGUACCAGCUGACCAGAAACCUGGUAUACUAACAGUCACUACUAGUUCCUACCCACAGAGAGAGAGGCCUGGUGUUUUCCAUCAACAGCCAUUGCCAGAGAGUCAUCUAACUGAAGAGGCUCUGAAAGGGUCAGGUGUACCUGGACAACUUGACCAGAAAUCUGAGGCACCAACAGCACUCUCUAGUUCCCACUCACAGAGAGAAAAGCCCAAUACUUUCUACCACCCAGUGUUACAAGAUAGUUAUCAAACUGAACAGACUCUGAAUUCACUGAUUCCAGGCAUACCAACUGAACAGAAGCCUGGGAUACCCACAGUGUCUACUUAUUCUUACCCACAGAGUGAGAAGCCUGGUGUUUUCUAUCAACAAGAGUUGUCCAGUAGUCAUCUAACUGAAGAGGGUCCGGAAAGUUCACCUGUUCCUAGACCAGCUGACCAGAGGACUGGGAUAUUAAUACCCUCUAGUUCCUACUCACAGAGAGAGGAGCCUGGCAUUUUUUACCAACAAGAGUUGUCCAGUAGUCAUCUAACAGAAGAGGGUCCAGAAAGUUCACCUGUUCCUGGUCCAGCUGAUCAGAAGACUGGGCUAUCCACAGAAUUCUCUGGUUCUUACUCACAUACGGAGAAGCCCAGGACUCCCCACCAACAGGAGUUUCCAGAUCAUCGUUUCACUGAAGAGCCGCUUAAAGUUUUAACUGUUUUGGGACCAACUGACCAGAAGACUGGAAUACCAAGAGGGCCUUUUGAUUCCUACUCAGAUAAAGAGAAGCCCAGUGCUUUAUAUAAGCAAGCAGUGCUAGAGAGUCAACUAACUGAAGAGGCCCUGAAAGACUUACUUGUUCCAGGACCAGCUGACCAGAAGUCUAGGGUACCAAUAGUACAUACAAGUUCCUAUUUGCUACAAGAGAAGCCUGCUCUCUUCUACCAGCAGGAGUUGCCAGACAGUGAUCCGAGUGAAGAGACUCUGAAAGCUUCAGUUGUUCCUGGACCAGGGGAACCGAAUCAUAAGGUGCUCGCUAGUUUCUACUCACGGAAAGAAACACCUGAGCUUUUUUCCCAAAAGCUGCCACCAAAGGAUCAUGUAAGUGAAGAGCCUCCGAAAACCGCAGAUGUUCCUAAACCAACCGACCAGAAGGCAGGGGCAGCACCCCUGAUCUCUAGUUCUUACUCACCUAGAGAGAAGCCCAGUACUUUCUACCAACAGAAUUUUCCUGAGAGUCCCCUAACUGAACAGGCUCAGAAGGUUUCAACUGUUUCCGGACCAGCUGAUGAGAAAACUGGCUUACAGCGUACUCCUGUUAGUUCCUAUUCACAUACAGUGAAGCUCAAGAUUUUACCUGUGGCUAGAUCGGAUGACCGGACGACUAAACCAUCAACAGCUCCCACCAGUUCCAGUGCGCAUAGGGAGAAGCCCACGAUUUCAACUGUGAUUGGAUCCAAUACCCAGAAGGCUCCAAGACUGACAGUUUUGUCCACCUCCUAUUCUCAAAGCAAAAAGCCCAGUAUUUUUUCUCAACAGAAGUUGCCAGGUGGACCUCAGAAUGAAGGUCAUCUGAAGGUUUCAACUGUCCCUGAACCAACUGAUGGGGGUGCCGGAAUGCCAGGACCACUCGCUAGUUCCUAUUCACAGACAGAGAAAUCUAAUCGUUUCUACCCACCACAACUGUCAGGCAGAUAUCUGCCUGCUGAUCCUGUGAAAGUCUCAGUGAUUUCUAGACCAGCUGACCAGAAGAGUGUGCCACCAACAGUGUCUUCUAGUUCUGUUUCUCACAGAGAAAAGCCUAAUAUUUUCUCUCCACAGAAUUUGCCAGAAAGGCUUGUAACUGAAGAUGCUCUGAAAGUCUCAAGUGCCCUUGGGCAAGUUGAACAGAUUACUGUGUUGCCAGCAGUUUCCUCUAGUACUUAUUUUCAAAGUGAAAAGCACAAACUUGGUCCAGAUUGUGCCCGAUGGUUAACAGAUCGCUUUGAGUCCCCUGACCCCAGUCUUAGCCCAAAGACCAUACCCGUACAUUCUCAGGCUGAAGGCAGAGUUAAAAUACAUAAGCCCGAAGCUGUAAGUUUUGGAGACUUGUGCCCCGAAGAACCCCGAGGAAGUGACAAAACUCUUAAAGAGAUUCAGUCCCUUUUAAUGGAGGCCGAAAAUAUAGCACUGAAACGAUGUAAUGCUCCUGCUCCCCUUAUCCCUUUCAGGGAUGUCAGCGAUACUCCAUGUAUACAACCAAAGAAGGUGGUGUGCUUCAAAGAACCUUCCCCAGCUGAUGUAUGUAAUGGUGAUUUGCCUCAGAAUCGGCCCUUCUCACCAUUAUCAAAGAAAAAGCCAAGCAUCAGGUACACACAGAAGGAUAUUAGCACACAGACAAAUGUGAAAUGCCAGCAAGGCCCUGAAAAUUGGGAGUUUGUUCGUUCGACCCCAGUUAGAAGUACUGUGCACGAAGCAGAAACCAAUGCUAGACCAGUGUUGGAGGAAACCCUGAAGCGGUCUGAAACAGCCAGAUGUGUAAUGAGGUCUGAACCUGAGGGGUGUAGUGGAGCCAUUGGAAAUACGGUUUUUAUUCCUGUGAUGACUGUCCUAAAAAGUGAUUCAAGUAGUGACACAAGCGAUGGACACGGUUCCUGCUCAUGGGACAGUAAUUUACCAGAAUCUUUGGAGUCAAUGUCGGAUGUGCUUCUCAACUUCUUCCCAGAUACUUCCCCCAAUGUCAGCAUGUCAGACAGCCGAGAGGAGGAGGGGUGGUCAGAGAGUGAUGAUGGCGGUAGCAGCAGUGUAGACUCACUAGCUGCGCAUGUGAGAAACCUUUUGCAGUGUGAAUCCUCACUGAAUCAUGCUAAACAAAUACUGAGAAAUGCAGAGGAAGAGGAAAGUCGGGUACGAGCACGGGCCUGGAAUCUGAAGCUUAAUUUGGCUCACCACUGUGGAUACUCCAUGUCAGAAUUAAAUGAAGAUGACCGGAGAAAAGUGGAAGAAAUCAAGGCAAAGUUAAUUGGUCAUGGGAGAACCGAUUUAUCCGAGGGUUUCCAGAGUCCACGGGGAAUAGGACGCCAGCCAGAAGCCGUGUGUAGUCACAUUAUCAUUGAGAGCCACGAAAAGGGCUGCUUGAGGACUCUGACUGCUCAGCAGACACAACUGGACGAUCACCCGUGUGCCUUCCAAUCCGAUGAGCCAGAAGAAGCCUUCAGAGCACAGGAAGGCCCGUCGUCACGGAGAGCCAGGCACACGACCCUUUCCAGAUCACUCGACCAGAACCACCCCCGUUUCAAAGUUUGGAAUUCCUUGGGGCUGCAAAGCCACUCCCCAUUUCCAGACUUUACAUCUGAUAACUUUAAAGUGAGCAAGGAUCUUCGAAUGCCAUUCCAUGAAAAGAUGGACCCUUGGUUGUCAGAAUUCGUAGAACCUUCUUGUGUGCCACUGGAGGGAAUGGAUAUCCAUGCUUCAUCACACAUCGCACCCCCAGAAUCCCUGCAAAAAGUUACCACCUCCAUUACUUUUGCAUCUCACAGACAUUCGAAAUGCAUUUCAGAUUCCUCUGUUUUUAAGGUUGGUGUUACUGAAGGUGGUACUGGAACAUCUGUGGGGGUAUUUAAUUCUCGUUUCACCGAAGAACAAAAUCCCAUUCACAAUCAAAACCAGAGAGCCUCUUCCCCUUUUUCAUUUAACAUGUAUAGUCAUCCGCCUGAUAGAAAUCUGACUAUUUUAGCGAAGAGCGGCAAGCAAAGCCACAAAUUACCUGUUAAUUUUGAACAUGCUCACCAAGAAGAAAACCUCUUUAGAAAAUCACAUUUUAACAUCAGUCCUUCUGAACCUCGUCCUAGGGUGCUUGGUAGCAAUUUCAUCAGCCAGGGCAGACUGAGUUCUGCACUCAGAGUGAAAGAGAAGAAUAUUGCUGUGACUCCAGAUAUUCCUUCACUGAUUUUUCUUGAACAGCGUGAACUCUUUGAACAAACCAAAGUCCCACAUGCAAAUCAUCACCUGAGAAAGCACCGUCACUCCCCUCCUCAGCAUCAAGAUUAUGUACCUUCAAACCUCCCUUCUCAGUUCCUCCCAGAACAACAAGAGCUCUUUGAACAAAGCCAAGCCUCACAUGAAGAUUCCCAGAUGAGGGAACACUCUACUCCCGUUCCUCCGGGCCAGGAUUGCAUCGCAUUAGACCUUCCUUCGGACAUUUUUCUUGAACAACGCAAGCUUUUGGAACAGAGCGGUGGCCCGUGUAUAGAUCACCACCAUUCCCCCUUCCCUCCGGAUCAGGGAUGUGUCAUGGGAAAGGACGACCACCAUCAUCAGCCCACACUACACGUUCCUGAGAUGGUAAAUGUUGACCCCGAGUUCAACAAUAAAGUCUCCCAUGCAGUCUCAGAUCACUGUGCCCCACCUUUAAAUAGAAAAGCAGUUUCUUGUGUUCGUAUAACUCUUUCUCCCAAGGCUUCUUCCAAGUUGGAAAAUGGAACCUCAGAUAAAAGAGUACAUAAAGUGGAUCCUAUUUAUAAACCAAGGGUGAACAGAGAGUUCAACUCUGAGCAACAGACCGGAUCUUCGAUUGUGACGGAACCAAGCUCAGGAUCUAAAUCUUCACUAGACUUCCAUAUUGUACAUUUUCCUGUUACAGACAGUAAUAUUACUACUCAAGACUUGAAAGUGGUACCUUCUCAGGGUAGUCAGGUAGAGACCUCAAGGCAAACACAAGCGAACGUUUCAACUAGGGAAGGCGCUUCCAAGACAGAGAGGACUCCUGCAUCUGCUAAUCGACCACUAGAGCAGCUCAAGACCUCAGCAGAAAAAUUAUCAUCAGAUGCUGUCACCCAGAUAACAACAGAAAGCCCAGAAAAGACCUUGUUUUCGUCUGAGAUUUUUAUUAAUACUGAAGAUCGUGGGAGUAAAAUUCCAAAGCCCAAGCCUGUAGGUCAACCUAUCAGGUUUGCUUCAUCGUCUUCAAUCCAGCACAUUUCUACUACACGUUGCACACUCGCUCAGCCUUCACUGUUGCCAUACAAGCCUUCUGGAUGUUCAAAGAUGUACUACGUUCCACAGUUAGAAAAAAUUCCUCAAUUCCUAGAAGCCAAAUCAGACACUACUCUUGAGAGUUCACACUCAGGGUCCAAUGAUGCCAUUGCUCCAGAGUUCCCGGCCCAGGUGCUCGGCACAAGGGAUGAUGACCUCUCAGACACCAUUAGCAUUAAGCACAAAGAGGGGAUCUACAGUAAGAGGGCAGUGGGGAACAAACCCUGUCUGAAGGACACUGCAGUUCAAGUGUGCAUCACUGUGGAUGAGAACCUGAGAGAAAAGAUCUGCAGUCAAAGGACAGUGACUAAACUUGCCCCUCCUGAGGAGAAGGAAUCCUUACCGAAGUACAGUACAGAAUCCAGAUGUCAUUCGGAAUUGGAAAAUACUACCCAUUCUGUCUUCAGGUCAGCUCAGUUCUACUUCCAUCAUCCAGUGCACCUACCAAGUGAUCAGGACUUUUGCCAUGAAUCCUUGGAAAGGGGUGUUUUCAUGAGCCAAGACUCUUGUCUUUCUCCGCCAUACCAAAGUGUGGACAAGACUAAGAUGGAUUUUACCAGGAUAGAGAGCCUCCGUAUCAAUGUGAACUUGGGGAACAAAGAAGGGGUGAAUGCACCUAAAAGUCAAGCUAGAGAUCCUCUCAAAUGUAACAGACAAAGUACUGAUCUAAAACGAGACCAUAAGGUCACCCCUGAACCAACAGCUCAGGACACACCGACCUUGAAUGAACUCUGGACCCAGUACCAGGAGAGACAGAAGCACCAGAAACCCUCUGCGUUAUGUGACAGUAAAGAACUCUCCCUGGUGGAGCGUCUUGAUCGACUGGCUCGGAUUCUUCAGAAUCCCAUCGCACAUUCUCUGCAGGCCUCAGACACAGGGCAUGAGGAGCGCAGAGAGGAGCGGGCCACGAAGGGGUGGUACAGCAGACCGCAACAGCAGAACAGCAAGCUUCCGAAAAAGAAGCGGUGUAAAGGCGUAGACAGAUGCCACCGGAAUGUGGACGCGCCGGGAAAAGGCAGCGUCCUGUGUACUCAUCAAGCGGAGAGGCCCAAUCAGAUCAAAUUUGAGCAUGUGAAAUUUAAUAAGUACAUCCUGAGAAAACAGCCAGGUUGUAAUUGUAGAAGUAACACUUCUUCAGAGUCUCGGCCCUCCGAGGAGAGUGAGCUGCUCACCGACACUGCCACCAACAUCUUCUCCACCACCACGUCUCCUGUGGAAUCGGAGUAUCUGACCCAGACAGACAAGGAGGUGGCCGUGCACGAGAGGAGCAGCUCCAUUUCCACCAUCGACACCGCCCGACUGAUUCAAGCGUUUGGCCAUGAAAGAGUGUGUGUGUCGCCCCGGCGGAUUAAACUAUAUAGCAGCAUCACCAACCAGCAGAAGCGGUGCCUUGAGAAGCGGUGCAAGCCGAGCCCGAAAGCCGUGGCCCUGGGUCACUUUCACGUGGCUGCUGAACACACCGGGCGGAGGAACAUCCAGGUAGAAGAACAGAUGGUUUCUUCUGACUCUGUUUCGUCUUCUGCUAGUAGUUUCUGGAACUCUAGCCCCAUCCUUUGCAGCAAGCAGCACGUACAGAUGUUAAACAAGGGUGUCCAAGCAGGUAACUUGGAGAUUGUGAAUGGCGCCAGAAAACACACAAGAGACGUGGGAUUGAAUUUCCCAACUCCGAGUUCUAGUGAGGCUCGAUUAGAGGAGGACAGCGAUGGGAGUUCUUUUCUGUCUGAAAUAAAAAUCGAGGAGAAACGGAUCCACGCCUGUCUUCCCCCGGACAGAAAGUCAAGGAGGAGCAUGACAAGUCUCUGUGAAGGGCAUGAGAAGGCUGGCGUUGUCAACCUGCUUCGCAUCAAGUCCCCAGAUGCCAGCAUGGAAGGUGUUCCUGGAGGCCAUGUGUAUGUGCUAGCCUUGCCUAUUCCUGCCAAAACCUUGGCCUUAAAAGACAUGGCACCUGGAGAGCUGGCGCACGAGCCCGGGGCUUUCUCUCGUCCUCAGGAAGCGCUUCACUUUCACAGACCUGACUUCAUUUCUCGCUCGGGCGAGCGGGUCAAGCGCCUGAAGCUGAUCGUCCAGGAGCGGAAGCUGCAGAACGUGCUGCAGAGCGAGCGGGACGCGCUGUUCAACGCGGGCCCGGACUGGCCAGGCAGCCAGCGGAGCGUGCGCCCACGGACCAGACAAGGCUUCCUGGCUGCCCAGAAGAGUAGAGCUAUUGGAAAGAAGGAAAUGAUUCAGAGGUCUAAACGGAUGUAUGAGCAGCUUCCAGAAGUUCAGAAACGGAAAGAGGAGGAGAAGAGGCAGUCAGAAUAUAAGUGCUACCGGCUGCGGGCCCAGCUCUAUAAAAAGAAAGUGACCAAUCGACUCUUGGGAAGAAAAGUUCCCUGGGACUAACAUGAGAUUAUUUUCCUGAGCCCCUGGAAGUAUAUUUUAUAAACUUGGAGAACUGGCCUUCCUUGUAUGUGUCUGCAUUUAAUAAAGUGUCCUCUAUGUCCAUGUAUAA